AUGAACACAGACCGUCGGGGGGGCUACACUGACUGGGGCGGAUGGAUGCGGCAGCAGGGCGCCGUGCGCUGGGGCAAGGUCGCCGCCACGCUGUGGGGUCUGUGGCUGGUCUCCGUCCUCUUCCUCUACCUCUUCUUCUUCCACGCCGCCGCGGAGCCCGACUAUAUAUCAUCUUCAUCCGUGAGGCCGGAGUGGACGCCAAACGCAGACGACGUGCAAGACUACCGCAACAACAACAAGACGCUGGUGAUGUACGUGUACUUCGAAAAGAACCAACUCUACAAGGACAACCUGCAGUUCUUCCUCGACGUCGGCGUACAAGAGCGGGACGACGUGGACUACGUAAUCGUGCUUCAGGGUCCCUGCACCGUUCGCUUUCCGAAGAUGAGGAACGUGCUGGUUCUGGCGAAGGAGAACGAAUGUCUGGACUUUGGCGGGUGGCGGUACGGCCUGGAUUGGAUCGGGUGGCGGGGGCGAGGCUACCGCUACUUCGUCUUCCUCAACUCGUCCGUGCGCGGCCCCUACGUGCCCCUCUACGUGCCCCGCGCCAUCCACUGGACCACCCUCUUCACCCAACUCAUCCGCGAGUCCGGCGACGGCUAUGGCGACAACAACGGACCCAUCAAGCUCGUCGGCAUGACCAUCAACUGCCACCUCCACCGGCCCCACGUGCAGAGCAUGCUCUGGGUCACCGAUUACGAGGCGCUCGAGUAUUUGAUCGACAAGACGGAUGUGGUGACGUGCAAGAAGACGAUGAACCAGGCGAUCAAUAUGGGCGAGAUCGCGCUGAGCAUGAAGUUGCUGGCCAACGGCUGGAACAUCGGGUCCAUGGCCGUCGCCACCCGCGGGUGGGACUUCCGGGUCCAGCGCGGCUGCAACGCCAACCAGGACCCCAACUGGCGGGGCGCCUACUACGGCAUCGAGCCGGGCGUGCACGAAACGAUCUUCGUCAAGGCCAACCGCAACGUGCGACCGCGCGAGGUCAAGGUCUACUCCCACAUCGCCCUCCAGCAGGCCCGGCAGGGCCAGUUCGACGGCGUCCGCUUUGCCCGCUAA